AUGGAGAUAUACUCCCGCCUCAUAUUGUUGAUGGAGGACAUGACAAAUGCACUUGAAGAAGAAAAUGGCAGUGCUGAAAAACCCAUCCAGAUCCCUAAUUCACACAUCGCGGUGACAUCAAAGGGGGUUCCAUACACGGGUCCAUACUGGAACUUGACUGCUGAUAAGGUCAUCGAUGGUAUUGGGAAUGACCAAGGCUAUGCUGUCAAUUGUGGAUGUUGCGCAGCUCUCGAAAGACCGGCAUGGGUGCAACUGACACUGGACAAGACUUAUCUCGUGGAAAAGAUUCUUGUUCUAGGGCGUACAGAUGGAGCAUUUGUUCAGUUUGACAACAUCACAUUGUUACUGGGAAGACAGGAUCGAUCACUUCAGAACGAAAAGUUCACUUUCAAAAACCAGUUGUUUGCGGAGACGGUACUGGCUCCUCCACGGGAAGUAUAUGCUGUAGGAGUUUCGGGCAGUGUGUCAUCAACUACAUAUAUGACUAUAUGCGAGAUUAGGAUAUACCGACAAGCAGAUUGUGUACACGGUACGUACAGUGCAAACUGUUCCAAAGAGUGCCAUUGUCUUUCGGGUUCCUGCGAAAGUGUCACGGGCAUAUGUAUGAAUGCGGUAUGUCAAGACGGCUGGAGAGGAUUUGCCUGUAAUGAAACUUGCAACCCUGGCACUUUUGGUGCUAACUGCUCCUUUAUAUGUCAUUGUUACGACAAUGACACAUGCCAUCAUAUUAAUGGUACCUGUCUCUUUAACCAAUGUGCAGCUGGAUGGACGCAUGCCAACUGUAGCGUAGGUAUGUAACAACAUGCGGCCUCUUAUCUAAUUGACUCGAUGAAUUACUAUUUGUAAACGUGUAUAGUCAAGCAUAUUAAAGAUUUCAUGUGAAUAUGUUUUAACCAUUUAUUAUUAUGUUUUUUAUUUGAGAAAAUGUCAAAGUAUUGUUGGUGUAAUAUGCAAAAAUUAAUAUAAAACAUGUGUU